CUCGUCGGGACGUCGGACUGUUUAGUCGUUAUCUAGUGUAUUCUGACCUUUGAUCUUAGUGUGUAACUGGGCUUAUAAUUACGUGUUUAUACGGUGAUGAAUUAUGUAUGAGUGCUGUGUCCAGUGAGUCAAAAUGACGUUUAACGGUGUGUUGCGCCUAAGUGCACUUUUAGUUUUGACUAUUGCUCUUUGCAUCGAAGGCAGAGAAGAACCUCACCAAUUCACAAUAGACGAAUUACUCACAAACAAUUAUGAAAAUAAGGAAUCUAACGAUCUAGGAUUGGAUCCUUGUAAAGCCGGUAACUUUCAAGGAGAUAUCGCAAUACCAGACGUCGAUUAUUACAAACCUAGAAACUCUCCGAGUUCCUCUAAAAUUAAUAAAUCCCUUCAAGAAGAAGUUGAAAGACUAAAAAAGGAAGUCUUGUUGGAAGGUCUUCAAGUAGAAGAAGAAGGAUUGCCUGACAUUCUAAGAAAAAGAACCAAACAACCUUUACAUUUAUCACAAGAAAAACCGAAAAAGUAUAAUGAAGCUUCCAUUUCUUCUAAGGUUCUUCCAGCAGGGCUAGAUAAAUCUCUUUUGCUAAAAAAUGGGAAAUUACCACCAAGCGAAAAUUUAGAUUACUUCGAACCUAUCAACUCCGUAAAUCAAACCAAUCAUAAUAUUGUUGUUGAUAACUUGACAGAAUCCGAAAGCCUGGAACAAGACGGCGUUUUAGUUGUAAACAUUUCAAAUGAUAACGUGUUGAAUCUUGACGAACUCUAUACAAAUAUUAAGUUGUCAAAUAAUUCACCUAAAGCAGAAGAAGUCAAAAAUAAAAUUCAAAGUAAUAGUCGCGAAAUAACUGGAGAUUCUAAUAAUAAUAACAAUAUUAAAUUUAAGUUACCAGAAAACGCAACAGUAGCACCUGCACCAACGAACGGAGACUUGUCAUCUAGUGUUCUAGACGAAAGGAAUCAAACUAUACAUAGAGCCGAUAAAACAAGGUAUAAACUAAAACCAGAGAUAAAUGAAACUAACGAUUUACUAAAACCAACGGAAAGCCUGCAAACGUUGAUUGACGACUCCAGUGAACACAGGCGGCACAGAAGAAGGAGACAUGGUAAUACCAGGAGACUACGCAACAUACAGUCGAUUGAGGAAUUGGAUAAAAACAGAUCGAAGUGGUCAGAAGAAGACUAUCAACAGAAAAAGAAGUUUUUUCGACACCAUAAGAAAUUUCGAAAUGAACUGGAAUACAGGAAAUUUGAAAUACCAGAACAUGAGUUCGAAGAAAAGUUUGACGUUAAGCCACCACCAAAAGUGCCCUUAAAGAACAAUACACAAAUGUUCCAGGACUGGUUUUUUCGCGACUCUGAUAUAGACUUAGAAGAAGCCGAUAGUCAUUUUUAUAAUAAAACUGAGGAUAAAAUUAGGCACCGUAGUGCUCGCGCGGCGACAAACAGAAAAGAGCGGAUAUGGGAAAACGGUGUAAUUCCAUAUGAAAUUGACGGGAACUUUAGUGGGGCUCAUAAAUCUCUAUUCAAACAGGCUAUGAGGCAUUGGGAAAACUUUACUUGCGUCAAAUUCGUCGAAAGAGAUUCCGAACUACAUAGGGACUACAUUAUUUUCACAGAGCGGCCGUGUGGGUGUUGUUCCUUUGUCGGAAAACGUGGUAAUGGCGCGCAAGCUAUAUCAAUUGGAAAGAAUUGCGAUAAGUUCGGUAUUGUUGUACACGAGUUGGGUCACGUUGUUGGCUUCUGGCACGAACACACGCGACCCGACAGAGACAGGCAUGUCCAAAUCAUCAGGGAUAAUAUAAUGACAGGACAAGAGUAUAAUUUCAAUAAACUGACGGAGGAAGAAGUGAAUUCACUGGGGCAGACUUACGACUAUGAUUCUAUAAUGCACUACGCGCGAAACACUUUUAGCAAGGGUACAUACCUAGACACGAUAUUACCAUUAGAAGUACAUGGAAAGAAGAGACCGGAGAUUGGACAGAGAGUGAGACUGAGUGCUAGUGACAUUGCCCAAACUAAUCUUCUGUAUAAAUGUGCUAAAUGCGGGAAAACCUUCUUGGGAAAUUCGGGAUGGUUCAACUCGCCGGGUUGGGGUACAGAAACACCUCCAGCUACACGGGAGCGUUGCGAAUGGCGUAUUGUUGCAACACAUGGGGAAAGAGUCGUUCUUAAUAUAACUGAAAUCGAUAUCCACAAAACAGAUGGAUGCCGUUCAGAAUGGGUCGAUGUGCUUGACGGGUAUAUGCCUGAUGCGCCCGUUUUAGGCCGGAUUUGUGGUUCCGGGAAGGGACCAGUGCUGUGGUCCACGGGAUCAAGACUAACCGUCGUUUAUCAACCUGGACCGCGAUCAAAACCAAAUCGUGGAUUUAGAGCUUACUACGAAGCGGUGUGUGGAGGAGACAUAGAUGUUGACAGCAGUGGUCAUUUGGAGUCACCUAAUUAUCCUGAUGACUAUCAACCGAAUAAGCUCUGUGUUUGGAGACUCACUGUGCCACAGGACUAUCAAGUAGCCCUUCGUUUCCAUUCGUUUGAAGUGGAGAACCAUGAUACAUGUAACUACGACAAAGUGAAAGUGCGAGAUGGGGACUCCAUGGACAGUCCGCUUAUUGGCAUGUUUUGUGGACACAAAAUACCGCCAGAUAUCAGGUCAACAUCAAACAAACUCUUAGUAAUUUUCGAAUCAGACAGUUCAGUACAAAAAGCUGGUUUCUCUGCGACGUUUAUGAAAGAGUUCGACGAGUGCGCUUCCAUAGACCACGGCUGCAGCCAUUCUUGUGUUAACACUCUGGGUGGUUAUGAAUGCGCCUGUGAUAUUGGAUACGAACUGCAUUCGGAUGGCAAGAAGUGUGAGAACGCUUGUGGUGGUGUACUGUAUGCUCCAAAUGGAACAAUUACCUCGCCAUCAUUUCCCGAUUUGUACCCUCCAUCUAAGAAUUGUUUGUGGGAGAUCGUGGCGCCUCCACAGCAUCGGAUAACACUAAACUUCACACACUUCGACUUAGAAGGCAGCAAUAAUAUGUACCACCAGGAAUGUGAAUAUGACAGUGUAACAGUGCACUCGCGUUUGGGUGCCGAUGUUUUGCGGCGACAUGGGGCUUUUUGUGGGUCUAUUUUACCUCCUCCAGUCACCUCAGAUGGCUCUGUCUUACGUGUUCAGUUUACUUCGGACACAUCAGUCCAUCACUCAGGUUUCGCAGCAGCGUAUUACAUAGACGUAGAUGAAUGCUCGGACAAUAACGGCGGAUGUCAGCACGAAUGUCACAACACGUUGGGGGGUUAUGAGUGCGCUUGUCAUAGUGGCUUCACCUUACACCCGAAUAAACACGAUUGCAAAGAGGGCGGGUGUAAGCAUGAUAUAACGCAUCCACACGGGACUAUUUUCAGUCCAAACUAUCCCGACUCGUAUCCGUCCCGCAAAGACUGCGUGUGGCAAUUCUCAACGACACCUGGACAUCGUAUCAAAUUGAUAUUCAAUGUAUUUGAAUUGGAGCCACAUCAGGAAUGCACAUACGACCAUGUGACGAUUUACGACGGUGCAUCAGCCGAUGAGAAGACGUUGGGUCGAUUCUGUGGCAGCAAGUUGCCACAUCCUGUGGUCGCUUCGCAGAACCUCAUGUAUGUGGUGUUCAAGUCUGAUGCCUCCGUACAAAGGAAGGGCUUCUUCGCUACUUAUUCCACUGCGUGCGGUGGCUACCUCAGCGCAACUGACACGGUUAAACAUUUAUAUUCCCACGCUCGAUAUGGCCACGAUUCAUAUGAGUCCCAUGCCAACUGCGAUUGGAGUAUUGUGGCACCAGUUGGCCAAUUCGUUAGACUCACAUUCCUCACGUUCGAGUUGGAACCAGAGGCAAACUGCGGUUAUGACUAUGUCCAAAUCUUAGGAGGAUUAGAAGGAAGCGUUGGGCCAUAUGGAAAUUAUUGCGGAACUAAGAUGCCUCCAGAAAUUGUAUCAACAACAGAAGCGUUGCUUGUAAAAUUCCGUACGGACGAUUCCAUCGUAUUUAAAGGCUUUUCCGCGUCAUACCAAGUCGUGAAGCCAGAUGUCUGGAGUGGGGAGGACAGCUCUGAAGGUGGGGAGGAUGACGAGGAAGAGGAUGAGCAGAUGCCUCCGCUUGUGGUGGGGAGGGGUCUACGAGGGUCGACGAGAUAUGUUAGACGGCCUACGUGACGGUGGCCAUUACGUCAUCCUAGACACAGGCGACCCCAUAGGAACACAAAACGCACAAAGUCUGUGUCCGUUCAUGGACCGUAUUAGGCCACUUUUACUGCUGGGAGUGAGUCAUUUUCAUUUUACCGGAUUAAAACGUAUUUACUAAUCACUUCAAUACAAUGAGAUAUCAAUUGUGUUGUCAUUGUUCAUUAGUUUCUCACAUCUUGUUUUUUAUGUUUAUUUUACUAUUUGUUCUGUUAAAUUUUUCUCUCCCUAGUUAUUGAUCGAGUCGUCGCCAUCCUGCUUGAUUUUAGGGGGUUGUUAUAGUUCACAUUCAAGUGUUAAUUCGCUAUUCCACAAGAUAAGCAUAAAUUAAAACAAAUAUGAGGCAGUUUUAUUCAUUUAAAAAAACUUCCAUUAAGUUAUAUAUUUUAACAGAUUUUAUCUAAAGUAGUUCAGUAUUUCAUAAUAUAUCUUUACAGCAGUAAUACAAAUUACAUUUUCAAGCAAUUUAAUUUCGCCUAUAAUAAUUACUAAAUAUCGGGAAUUCAAAUAUUCACAAUACCUGAAUUGCACCGUUGUUUUAGAUAACCAUAAAAUAAAUAAUACAAGUAAUACAACAAAGUAGAACCGUAAUAUUAUAAUCUUCACAACAGGUGCAUACCACGUGUGUUCUGUUUUCAAAUUUUAGUUUUAAGACUGCAUUUUAAAAUGUUUAUUUUACUUAACUAUUUAUUAAUUAGUUAACUAAUCAAUUUGACUGCAUUUUAAUGUACAUAAGAUAACUAGAACUGCCUAUUGGUCAAAAUACUCGUAGAAAGUCAUUUAGUCAUGAGACAAUAUUGUUAUGUUAGAAUAGUUUAAGUUGCAUAUUCGUACCAAAGAAUAAUUUUUACGCGAUUUUUGUACAAUAAAUACAUGAUUCUCUUCUUAAUAUUCUAAGUUGUACUUAUUUGUAACUUAUAAUUUAUAUAGACAUUUUAAUAUAUUUUAUUAUAUUGGUAGCACCGUGAGGUUGACAGAAACGCAAAAAGACAGUUAAAGUAAUAUAUUUUUUAUCUGGACAACUGUUUAGAACUAAGAAAUUGUAUGUCAGUAGAAGCAUAUUACAAAUACUUAGUACAUAUAGCGUAAAGUUUGUAUUAAAUGUAAUACUAUUAUGAUAUUAUUUUGUAUUGAAAUAAUAAUAUCUUCUUUACGUGUCCAUUUUCAUCUCAAUCAGCAUCAGUGUCAUGUUGUAAGGGAUGCCAACCAUGGCUACCCAUAUGUCAAUUCAUGGUAACUAAGUAUUGUUUCUGGAUUAAGUGUUUUGUCUAGCUUAAUUUUUCAUAAAAAUAUUAAGUUUUAUUACUUUUUAACCUCAUGGUAGAGAUAACUAUUUAAUCAUGAAAAAAGUUUUGAAAAAUCCUUUAUAUUAUGCCAAAUUUCGCCAUUUUCACAGUCGUUAUCAUACUUUUGUAAAUUUUUUAUUGCAUUCCUAAAUUUUCGUAAAAAUUGCAGUAUAAUCUAUUACAGCAUGUAUUUUUAUCAAUGACAGAAUUUUUAAUAAUGUGUAAUUUAUAGAAUGAAUAAUUCUGUAAUUGUUUAGUAAUUGUUAAUUCAAUGUUAGUUACGAAUAUGAAUGUUAUUUUUUUCAAAGGACCCGUUGAACUAUUAUUAUUACAUUCAUUACUCAAUAAACAUUUUCGUUAUCUGGUAUCUAGUAUGCUUGUGUAUAUCCUGUAUAAUAUAAUUAAUAAUAAUAUAUUUUAAUCAUGUUUCAGUAGACCAAAAUAUUCGACUAGGUGUUGAUCUAAGCACAAUUUAGAAUCAUAAUAAUGCGACAAUAUUAUUGUAUAGGAUAAAUUAUAAUACGUAGAAAAUAGGACGUUUCUAUAAGUGUUCAAUAAUAAUUCAGAAAAGUCAAUUUAAACCAUCUUUCCAUUGUCAAAUUUGAUUGGUAGUAAUUUUGUUAGGUAACUAACCCGUCAGGUACCUAUAAAGUACUAAUUAAUCUAUAAAGCUAUUUCGCAAAACUCAUCAUUUUCCUGAUUGAUGAUUGAAUCAAUCCGGAUUCCACCACCCUUUCAAAAUGGUCGACUUCAAUAAAUACGUAAUCGGUAUUUACGUAAUCUGAAUUUUGAAGUCGUAAUCAGAAAAGCAUUUACAGCUACUGAAGUUUUGGGUAUAAAUGCGAAUAUAGACUUUAUCGGAUUUUUCAAAUAUCUAGUUUACAGUGCCAAAAGUUACUUAUUAAGACCUAGUAUGUAGGUACUUUAUGUAAAAAUAAUACAAAUACGUAGAAUGUUAUAAUUUUUUAAAUAAAAUGAAUGUAA